AUAAACACAAAAAGUGUUGUACAAUAUCAAUAAAGUCCCGCUUUUCAGACAUUUGAAAAAAAUACACAUAUAUUCUCAAAUUUCUAAAUAUGUCAAACCUUUUUUAGCGACUUCUACUAUUUCGUUCUGAUGGGACAAAUUUUCAUCGGAAUUUCGGAAGGAAUAUCAUACGUCAUUCCGCCAAUUUUGGCAGCAAACUGGUUUUCUGAAAAAGAAGUCGGGACGUCAAUUGCGAUCGAAUUCAGUGCAAUUCAUGCUGGUCAAAUGUUAUCAUCUCUGCUAUAUCCUUUGCUAUUGAAUGACGUACUGGACAGUUCGAAAGGAAGGUUUGAUUCUGACAAAGUUCGAAAUGUUUUUGCAAUGAGUUUUGGAAUUAUUUCAUCGUUUUUGAUAAUUUGCGUCAUAUUUGUCUGCUCAUAUGCCAAAAAUCACCCACCAAGUCCGCCAAGUGCAUCUCAAGAAAAAAUUUUGAACGAAAUAAAUCAAAAAAGGACUGUAUUGAGUAUGGAAAACAUUCUCGAGAGCCUGAAGAAAACUGCAUCACAUUACCGAAAUAUUAACUUUGUUUUGAUAACAAUUAUAGUGUCUCUUGACACAUCUUAUUUUGCAAUGACAAAAGUUCUCGUCACAUCGUUACUGAUGAAAACGUUUCCAGAUGUUCCAGAGACACUCCCAGGAACCAUUAGAAUUGUAGGCAACAUGCUUGCUGUUUUCUUCUCCGUAGCAGCUGGGCCGCUAAUGGAUAGAUUUGGACGUUACAAGUUAUUUAGUGCUUUGCCUAUUGCUGGACUUAUACCAAGCUGCAUUUCUAUAUUACUUGCACAUCAUUACAAGUGCCUGAAAGCGCUCACAUUUUUGUAUCCGUUAACGAUGGGACUGCGUGGAUUUUCGGAAGUAACUCUUGUGGAAUAUUUAACAGAGGUUACCUAUCCUGCAGAAAAAGUCACAUUGAUGUGUGCUCAUUACAUACCUAUGCUCGUGUUCCAGAGUAUUUUCAUUAUGGUGGAAAGAGUUUUGAUGGAGAGUUUUAAUGAGACUAUUGCAAUAAUGGUACCUCUAACUGCUUCUGUGGUUUCCCUCCCUAUGCUUAUGGCAGUAACCUCAGUAUACCACCGGUCGAACGUGAACAGUUAUGAAAAGACUCCUCUCCAAACCAAGCAGACAAAUAAGAGAUGUAUUAAAUAAUGAUGAUUAUACAUAGAGUAAGUCACUAAUAUAGUGGACUGCCCGGCUAAUUAUGAUUUUGUUUGAUGCCUAUUUAGCUUUGCUAAUAGUUUAAUACUUCCUGCAUUGAACUAGUGAUUAUUAAACUCUAGUUUGUGAAUCUGUCUUGCAUUUUGAUUGUUUUUGUGAAGUAUUCUCUGUGAUUUUACUGUAUUUAAUUGUAUCUUAGUUAUGUAAGAGUCUCAUUUGGAUGAAAAUGUUUGUAUUGUAUUGUAGGGUUCAGUACUGUUUGUACCGUUCA